AUGCCCGUGCAGCCGAAGCCGACGGCCACCGCGCUGUGGCUUGAGCAGCAGCGCCAGCGGGAGUACAAGCAGCAUCGCCAGCGGGUGGAGCAGCAGAAGUCUUGCAUUGACAACAAACCACCCCAUGCGCUGAGCCUGAGCAAUAAGAGGGCGCUGAUGGAGCAGGAGCGCUGUAAACGUAUUGAGGAGGGGAACCGACGCCUUGUCGCCAACAUGACCACCAUCAUGAAGAGAGGUGGUGGGAUUGAUAACAAGGAGCCGUGGCGCAGCAGCAACGUCGAGCGUGACGCGGAACGCCGCCGGGUGAGGGAGCAGCAGCGUAUUGAGGCCGAAAACUUAAAGAUGCUGAAGCGGUUACAAGGAACAAAGUCGGUGUACUGCGUUGAAAAGUGGGAAGCUGAUAGGGAACAAAAUGAGGAGUACAUCGCGCGGUUGUGCCGCUAUCCAUACGAGCCAAUGGACUCUCGCCGAGGCGUGCUGGAGUAG